AUGAGCUCGUCGGCGAUCCUCGUGGCCGGCGCGGUGUCUUACAACCAUCUUGUCUAUCGUUCGACGCUUCCGCUGUGCGAGCCUAGUUUGGAAUAUCAUAUUGCUGGCGGCGAAGAAGACGACAUCGCGCAACUCGUGAUCCGGCCCGGGGGCGCUGAACUCGUGGCUGCAUUGCUUACCGCUGCUGCGCCCCGUCAGGGAAUACAUGUAUCCGGACCGCAAUCGCAAGGUGUCAUUACAAGCUGUCUAAAGCAUACUGCUUCUUGCGUUUGUGAUCUGGCUGUGGAUGACCCAAUCUCACCAGCCCGCCUACGAUACACAAUCGAAAGACAAAGACGUAUCGGUCAGGCUCCAAUCUGGCGUUCUCCUUCCCUUGGUACCAGUAGUCCCCAGCCAGGAAGCACAGUGGUCAUUCUAGGCUCUGGAGAAGCCUUCAAGGACGUCGAGCCGGCUCUAGACUUUCUACAGCGUGUCAGACCUCGCUACAUUAUUCAUCAGCACACCAAACCUCUUGCGUCUGGACGACUGUGGGAUCUCCUCCGACAUGGCCCUCUGACGCGGGAAAGCGUCCCCGAGCCAGACUAUUUGGCCAUAGUUGUUGAUGCAGACGACCUUCGGGCCAAUAACAUUGCUAUCAGUCGUGCGUUGUCCUGGGAAGCAACAGCCGAAGACUUUGUACGCAACCUUGGCUCGAACGGGCGACUUGAUACGCUAGUAACCUGCCCCAACCUGAUCGUUCGAUUUGGCGAAGAAGGAGUCAUCCAUCACCGUGGUCGCGACGCUGGCGAUCCAAAGCUGUACUACCAUCCUCGGAAGACGGAAGGCGAGGGUCAACCAGGCUGUGGUGUAUCUAUGAUCGAGACUUCUUCGGCAUUUAUUGCUGGGCUGGCCCUCGGGUUUGCUAACAACUACCCACCUGACAUCGGCAAGGGCAUCCGGUACGGUAUGGCGGCCGCUGACCGGCUGUCAAGCUUGGGUUUCGUGCAUGACACGAUCGACGAUGGUCCAGGGUUCCCUACCGACGAUAUCAUGCAGGACCUUGUUCCCACCCGACAGCACGCUGCCGUAACCAUCCCCUCGGCAAGGAUCAGUUCAGGCGAGAAGUGGUCCAUCUUCAAUGCAACUACUGGCGAUCCAGCAGAACUUGCUCGUCAGAUCGUAACCGUAGGUCCCGCGAAAGCGCUGAGCUUCUGCCCAACGCAGCGAUUUGGCGAUAUUCUCGCUAUAGACCGAGCCGAACAAGAGGGAAUGAGGGCGGUUGUAGAGGCAGUGGAGGAGCGGCUGCGCACACAGACCAGCAGCCCAACAUCCGUUGGCGUCAUUGGUCCUCCUGGUUCCGGCAAGCACUUCACUGCGAAGAAUGUUGCUAAGCACGUUAGCGCCGGCAGGGCAGUGCAGACGCUGGUGUACAAUGCUCGACUUCUCAGAUCAAAUGAUCUGAUCGCAGCAUGCCACGAGAUCAGAGACUAUAUUGCAAGCGGAGACCUAACAAUUGUUACGUUUGAAAACUUCGAGUCGAUGUUGGAGCCGGGCAGUGAGCUGCUCAGAGAUUUCCUUGCGCUUAUGCAGGACGGCAUUUUCACGGACAACGGCCACGUGAGGAGAGUAGGGAGUCCGCUCUUCUUUUUUCUGGUCAACCACGAAGGUGGAGUAGAGGGUGGUACGUUUGACGUACCGCCUACGCCUGUCACACCGACGUCUUCCGAGCUCCGAGAGCGGGUCGGAACGCAGCCUUCGGUAUUGCUUGAUCAUCUGCACGGUAUCUUGCAGGUCACUGGGCCAAACCAAGGUGGCUUGCAGGACAAGGCUUACCCAGUACGGCGCGCAAUUAUGCUGAGACAGAUAUUGAAGGAGCGGUAUCCGCACCUCGAGGUUGACGGCAAGAUGAGGGUCGAAGAAGGUGUGCUCCAUGCUCUCUUACUUGUACCGUCAUACAAGCUAGGAUUGCGGUCUCUGGAGAAGAUCAUAAGCACCAGCCGGCUUUCCGGUAGGUCAAGAUUCGACGUUGCAGCGCUACCCCCCGAGGAGCAGAUUCAGCUCCACGUAGACGGCCGCAUCUUCAUGAGCUAUCUUCGGUCACCAAGGUUACAACCAGCCUUGCGUGAGCGCCUCGCACAAGGCCUGUUUGAGACGUACAAAAAGCGUCGCAAGGAGAUGUGCAAGACAGACGAGGACCGUAAAGCAUUGGAGUCAGACCGCUCUUACCGGGAUUGGGACGACCUGUCAGGCGAGCUCAAGGAGUCCACUCGCUCCCAAGCUGACGACAUUCCGCGGAAGCUGCGAGCCGUAGGAUGCUUCAUGCUCAAUGAGGAGCGCUCGGAGCCACUCGUUCGCGUGGCGGCAUUCAGCGAAGAAGAGCUGCUUAUGCUGUCAGAAAUGGAGCAUGAAAGGUUCAAUGCAGAAAGGCUGCAAAGACAGUGGCGCAUGGGACCUCGCAACUCGAAGCAGAGGCUUACGCCAUUCCUAGUGCCAUGGCGGGACCUCACCCAGGAGUGGAAAGAUGUAGAUAGCGUCAUGGUUGAGUGCGUGCCCCGGAUUCUAGAGAAGCAAGGAUGGUACAUCUACCGGAUGAAAGACGAGGUGGAUGUCUAA